UUUACCAUUUCACUUUUAUGCUAGGGAGAUGGAAGGAGUUUGCUCAGUGUCUAGUUGAAUCUCAUUCGGCAAACAACUCUUUACAGAGUUUCAAAAUUUUUCAAAAUUUUCUGCAAUUUUAGCAAAAAAAAACCAAUAAAACAUGUCGAGCAAUAGAUCUAUCGGACCCGGACCUGGCGCCUACAACCUGCCCAGCACUUUCGGCUACCACAACUGCGACAAGCGGAUGCAACGAAGCCCCCAGUUCUCCUUUGGAACAUCCUCGAGAUCCUGCAAUAGUCCGAGGAAAGUCGAGGGACCCGGACCGGCUGCCUAUCAUCCGGGCAAGGCCACGCGCUUUGGACGGCCUCCAGCCGAAGAGCACUCUAUAUACAGUCGUCGUUAAUUGGUUACAAUAAAUUGUCUAGUCUAUACCUUCUAACAUAA